AUGAGCUACUGUAGCGGAUUCUUCUCUCCUACGGAAUGCACCAAGAGAAGUCUUUUUCUGGUUUUCACCAUCUCUUUUACAGCAAUAUAUUUGAUUUCCUAUUUUCAUAAUUCUCAUCACCUUGCUGCUCUACUUAAAAGUGAUGAUCUUCACAUGGAAAGUGAAAAUAGUUUAUUUAAAAAAAUACUGACAAAUUUCAAACAAAUCUCAGUGAAAGAAAAUGGAGAACUGCCGCCUGAAAAUGAGAAAUCUGGGAAUAAAGCCACACCCACUCCGACACAGUCAUUUACAUUCAUUAUUAAUGAAGAAGAGAAGUGUAAAGAUAAAACACCUUUCUUGGUAUUGCUGAUAUCAACCACAGCAGCUGAACUUCAGCACAGAAGCGCCAUCCGAAAGAGCUGGGGGAACGAAGCUGCGGUUCCAGGAGUUGAGAUUGUUCGGCUGUUCAUGCUUGGCAUUGAGAGCAAGGGGGGAAAUGAGGAUGUUCUGCUGAGAGAAAGUGAGCAGUAUCACGAUAUUAUCCAGCAGGACUUCCUGGACACUUACAACAACUUAACUCUUAAAACUCUGAUGGGCAUGAGGUGGGUGGCCUCUUACUGCAGCAGCACGAGAUUUGCUAUGAAGACAGACAGUGACGUUUUUGUCAACACGAUGCACCUGAUUGAAAAGCUCCUCAGGCCUCUCCCACCUUCCACACAGAAUUAUUUCACAGGCCACUUAAUGAAAGGGCACACCCCAAUUCGGAAUAAAGCCAGUAAAUGGUACAUAUCAGAAGAAGAAUUCCCAGGUAACAGAUACCACCCUUUCUGUUCAGGAACUGGCUAUGUCUUUUCUGGAGACCUGGCUGCAAAAAUUGUCAAUGCGUCUUUAAUGAUUAAAUAUAUACAUUUGGAAGAUGUUUACGUAGGGUUUUGUCUUAAUGCAAAGGGAGUAGAAAUAGUGCCACUUCCUUAUUCACUGUUUAACCUACACAAGGUCCCAUUUUCUCCCUGUAUGUACAACAAAAUAAUUACAUCUCAUCACAUUCAGCCACAUGAGCACAUACUCUAUUGGGAAACACUGCAAGAGAAGAGACACAUGUGUUAG